AGCUGGCUACGUCUGAUACGACUCUUGAAAUAAUGCGACCAGUGAAGAACUGGACCACCACCACUGUAGUGGACCUGGCGAUGUUGCUGUACGGCAUUUUAGGGGUUGAUGAGAAGUCUCAAACUGUCACAGGUCACAUCUUGUUCACGAUGGCUUGGACAAAUGAGUUCCUGAACUGGGAUUCCUCCGACUUCUGCGGGAUAAACGAGUUGUCUUUUCCACGGUCAAAGCUCUGGAUCCCAAAUAUAGUCAUUCAACAGGAUGCCUCUGAUAGCAGCAGCCUCUAUGAAGAUCCUUGGGUCCUCCUGCAACCCAACGGUUCAAUGAUUUCGUUCGCUCGCCAGAAGCUGACCUUCACCUGCAGCUUCAACCUCUACAAGUUCCCCUUCGACGUGCAACGUUGCAACAUCACGUUUGUCUCCAUGGGCGCUGAUGUGAACACCUUGGUUCUGAGAUCAGCCGAAGACAACCUGACCCUGAUGGCCCUGUCUGAGCAGUAUAUGGUCACCCAAGGAGAAUGGGCUCUGAGAGACAUGGAAUAUGUCCAUGAUCAUCUCUCCAAUGGACAGAGAUAUCACAGCGCACUUGUUUACAUUGUGACGCUCGAGAGGAAGCCUUUUCUUUAUGUCGUAAACUUCAUUAUUCCUCUGGUGUAUUUACUGGUCCUGGAUCUGGCUUCGUUUUUUAUCUCUGUGGAUUCGGGGGAAAAGUUUGGCUUUAAAGUGACAGUGCUCCUGUCCAUCUCCGUCUUACUGCUGAUUCUGAAGGACAUUUUGCCCUCAACAGAAGUGGACCUGCCGAUUAUUGCCAACCUCUGCGUUGCAGUGUUUACUUUGGUGUGGCUCAGUGUGCUUGAAUCCAUGCUGGUGAGCUUCCUGUUUAAUCUGGAUCAGUGUUGUGAUAAAGAAAGUAAGAACUGCACAGAGGUCAAAAUCAAUAAGAAGAAGGUAACCAGGGGUCACAAAGGGCCCGAUGAAGAGAACGAGAAAGUUAAACCAGAGCAAAGUUUCUUCCCUCUGGGUCAACUAGGCGAUGUUGAUCUGUUGAAGCUGAUUCUGGAUGAGGUGAAAGCAGCUCGACAGGAAGCAGGAAGUCAGAGGAAGUCUGGAUGCUACAGAAGAGUGGCUACAAUCAUUGACAAUUUCUUCUUUGUUGGAUACCUUUUGACUUUUGUAGCUUUUGUGAUAUAUAUAUGUGUUGGAUGGAUUGAAUUUUAAAUCUUUACUUGGUUUUCUGCUUAUAAUCAGAAUGGUUUCUAAAUGUCACUUCAGUUUAUUUAUUUAAA